UUUACUUUUAAAACAACAUUCUUACUUGAGUUGUGCUGAGUGAAGCUCCUCCUCGCAAGCUUGCAUCAGCUGUUCUCUUUCAGGUCCGCAGUCUUGUAAUAAGAGUACCCGCCCUCAGCAGUCAUGCAUCGUUACACGUCACAUUUGAAUCUUGUUGAGAACAUGUCUGGAAGAGGCAAGGGAGGUAAAGGUCUCGGAAAAGGAGGCGCCAAGCGUCACCGUAAGGUCCUCCGCGACAACAUCCAGGGCAUCACCAAGCCUGCAAUUCGUCGUUUGGCACGCCGCGGAGGGGUCAAGCGUAUCUCCGGUCUCAUCUACGAGGAGACCCGUGGCGUACUCAAGGUCUUCUUGGAAAACGUCAUCCGUGAUGCUGUCACAUAUACCGAGCACGCCAAGAGAAAGACCGUCACUGCUAUGGACGUGGUGUACGCGCUCAAGAGACAAGGACGCACUCUUUACGGAUUCGGCGGUUAGACUUAUCCUUCGCCCAAUCUACCAAACAAACUAAAGGUCCUUUUAAGGACCAUCCACUACCACUAACAAGAACUUUCACAUUGCCUUUGCCUUGUUGAUUUUGGUUGAGUAGACACUCAGCCGGGUGUCAAUAACAAACAAUCAGCCAGAGAAGAAUAGUAUUUGAAAAGAUCGGGAUCAAUUUUGUACAAAAAUUUAAUUUUGAUUUAGAAUUGUGACAAUGUUUGGACGAAAGUGUAUAAUGGAUUAAGGUAACGUUUUUGAAAAAAGUAUUAACCAUUAGUUUUACACACAUACCUAAAUAACUUCAAUCGGGUACAUAUAUUUCAGUUAAAGCACACUGUAGAUUUAAUAGGGAAAUUAUAUAAGGUAUAUCAAUUUUACCAGUUUGUUUUGGCAUCUCAGCACCUAACGCUGUCAGAAAUACCCAUUAAAAAUGUAUAUGGCCACGCA